AUGGCAAAACAAAGAUUAACAGCUCUUGAUAUACGAGCAAUAACAACUUUGUGUAAAAAAUCUAUUGUGGGAUGCGUUGUAACAAAUAUUUAUAAUAUCUCAAAUAAAGUUUACCUUUUAAAAUGUUCAAAAAAAGAGCAAAAAUACUUUCUUUUGGUAGAAGCAGAAAGAAGAAUACAUAUAACUGAAUGGAAGAGAGAGAAGGAUGUAAUACCAUCUUCAUUUACCAUGAAAUUAAGGAAACAUUUAAGAUCUCGAAAAAUUACUAAUAUAACCCAACUGGGGGGAGAUAGAGUGGUUGAUAUUCAAUUUGGAUUUGAUGAUAAAGCGUUCCAUUUAAUUAUUGAAUUAUAUAUUGCAGGAAAUAUUAUUCUAACCGAUAAUAACUACACUAUAUUAUCUAUUUUAAAAAGCAGUGAUUCUUUUGGGAAAAAGUAUAGUGUUAAUGACAUUUAUAAUAUAGAAGAGCAUACGUCCAUAUUGCUACACAAAAAUUUGAAAUUAAUUAAUAUGGAAAAUAUAAAAAAAAGUAUUAAUGAAAUUUUAAUGUUUCAUAAUAACUCAACAAUUGAAAAUGCUACUAUAUCUUCAGUGGAUAUAACAAAUGCGAAAAAUGAUAAUACAUAUUUGAAGUUGCAAAAUAACAAGUUGGAGAAUACGUAUGAUUCUAAUAUUAUUGAAAAUAAGAAGUUUUCUAGUGAAUCAUUUUAUGAUAUUGUUGAUGAGAAGCCUACAAAUGAAAAUAGAGUAUAUAAUAAAAACAGUAGUGAUGUGUAUAUUAAUGAUGAUGAAGAUAAUAAAAAGAAAAAAGAUAAAAUGAAGAAUGAAAAUUCAAGCAAGACAACUUUAUGUAAUAAAGAUAUGUUGAAGGAUAAGCUGAAAAACAAAUGUAUUGACAACGUUAAAUUAAAAGGUGGUUGUGCAUCUAAAAAUGCAAAGAGCACUACAAUUUUGGAAGACAAAUAUGCCCCAACGACAAAAAGUAAUUCCAAUAAAAAAAACAAAGGUAAUAUUUGUAGUGAUAGUGAGAAGUGUAAAAAGGUGAAAAAGGUUAAGACGCUGUUAGACUUAGCUGGUAAAUUAAUUGUAUUUGCACAUAACGAUUUAUUAGUCCAUUCAUUAAUGGAAUGUCAAGUGAAUCCACAUGAUUCCUUGGAUAACUAUAAUUUAGCUGACUUAGCAGAUUUAUUUUUUAGAGUCAUAAAUGAGUGUUUAAAUAUACUGAAUAUUAUAAGCAAUGAAGAAGAUUGUAUUAAAGGAUAUGGUUUUGUUUUAAAAAAUGAAAAAAAUGAAAAAAGAAAAAAUGGUAAAAAUGAAGAGAAAAUUAUAAGCAGUAAUACAAAUGAUAAGAAGGCUUUAGUCAAAGAUGAGGGGGAAAAAAGUAUAUGCGAAAAUGUAGAAAAUAGUGAAGAACGUGUAUUUUCAGAAUUUUCACCAAUUGUCUUAGCUAAUCAUAAAAUAAAAGUGGAUGAAGGUAAAAUGGAGAUAGUGGAAUUUGCUGAUUUUAAUAUAUGUGUUGAUACAUAUUUUAGUAAAAUGGAAUUAUCAAAGUAUGAUAAACAGCAAGAAAUAAAUAAAAAUAAAAAUGCUCUUACAAAAAAGGAUAAAAUUAAAUUAGAUCAUGAAAGGAGAAUUGAGCAAUUGGAAAAAGAAGUAAACACUUUAAAAAAAAAAAUUUCAUUAAUUCAGGCAAAUGAUGAAUUUGUAGAAUCAGCGAUAAAUUUAAUGCGUGCUGCAAUAUCAACAAGUGCUAAUUGGGAAAAAAUAUGGGAUCACAUAAAAUUGUUUAAAAAACAGAAUCACCCCAUCGCAUCAUGUAUAAGCUCAGUGAAUUUUAAUAAUUGUGAAAUGGAAUUGUUGCUGGAUGAUUUUGAAGAUUCUAAUAGUGAAAGAAGUGAAGAUGGAUUAAUUUCUAGCAAUGAACAAGAUGUUAAUUUGAAAAAGAAUGAUGUUCAUAAUAAGAAGUUUUCCGUUACGAUAAAUUUAAAUAAUUCCGUGUAUGGAAAUAUUGAAGAUUAUCAAAAGUCGAGAAAAAAAGCAGAGGAAAAAAUUCGAAAAACGAAGAUAUCAACCGAUUUUGCUAUGAAAAAAGUGGAAAAAAAAAAAAAAGAUAAAGAGAACAAGCAAAAGAGUAAACAAAAAGUUGUAUGUCAAAUACAAAAAUUAAGGAAAAUAUACUGGUUUGAAAAAUUUCAUUGGUUCAUAUCAUCUGAAAAUUAUUUAGUAAUUGCUGGAAAGGAUGCUUUACAGAAUGAAAUAUUAUUUAGAAGAUAUUUUCAGAAAAAUGAUAUUUAUGUGCAUGCAGAUGUGCAUGGUGCAGCUUCUUGCAUAAUUAAAAAUACACAUAAAGAUAAACCUAUUCCUGAAAAGACACUUUCUGAAGCUGGGCAAUUAGCUAUAUGUAGAAGCUCAGCAUGGAAUGAUAAAAUCAUUACAUCCGCGUGGUGGGUAUAUCAUCAUCAAGUUAGUAAAUCUGCACCUUCAGGUGAAUACUUAAAAACAGGUUCCUUUGUAAUAAGAGGGAAAAAAAAUUAUUUACCUCAUGUUAAAUUGGAAAUGGGUCUAUGUAUUUUAUUUCAAAUUGACAACAUAGCGGAUGACAAUAUGGAAGAGAAUAAUAUGGAUGACUCGGAGAAAAUCGUUAAAAAUGGUAAUGAAAGUGUGAAUAGUAGUAAGAACAGUUUAGAUGAAACCAAUGUUUGUGAUAACAAGGACAGUAAUGGCACAGGUAUUAAUGGUAUCGAUAUUAUUGGUAGUGCUAUGAGCAAUGAAGGUGUGAACUGUAACGAUAUGCACAAUAGCGGUAUGAACACUUGCCAUAUUAACAAUAUUUAUAUGCAUAGUAGCAGUGGUGACCACAUCAAUUACAGUAGUAGCAGAAAUGGUGAUAAUACAAUAAUAAAUGGAAACAAAAAAAAAAGCUACAUAAAUAAGAAUAAUUUUUAUGUGAGUUGCAGUUGCAACCGUUUUAUAGUUAAUGAUAGUGGAAACGACGUACACCGUAAAAAUGUUGAUAACUAUACGUGUAUAUGUGUAUUAGAAACACUUUUAAAAUUCUUAAAUGUAUCAGAAAAUAUGAAGAAAAGGAGUAAAUUUAUUGGUUCACAUAUUGGAAGCUACAAAUAUUACUUCAGAAGAAAUUACAAUAGAAGGUAUAUUUUUAGAAAAUUAUGUAGUCUUAUUUUUCAAGAUAGAAAUAAAAUGAAUUUGUUAAAAGGUAAAUGUACGAAUAUAUAUGAUAAAAUAUUUCUAAUUUCAGAAAAUUUAGGAAUUGUUCAGAGUUGUGAAUAUGAGGUUAUUAAGAUAUCAUGUGAAUGUUUGAUAUGUAAUUAUUUGUACAUGAUGAAAAACUGGAGAACAGUUAAGAAGCUUCUUUUACAUAACAAAAAUAGUGAUCAACAUUUGCACUGUGUAUGUAAGGUUCUAAAAAAACAUUUUAGGAAAUUACUAAGUGUAUUUUGUAUAUUUUACGUGUACUUUUAUUUAGUUUAUCAUUAUAUCAAGGUUAGAAUUUAUGGAUCUUUAGGAGAUGCUUAUUUAAAAACAUAUUUAAGAAAUUUCAAUAUACAUUUUAGGAAAAUAAGCAAUAAAUUAUUUUUCUUAUUUGUUAAUAAAAUAUUUUUAUUAAUAAAAAAAUACGCAUAUUUGAAAGAUUCUCCUCGAUGUGGAUUAGAUAUAUACACCUUGUUUAAAAAUUACAGUUUUUUAAAAAGUCAUCAAGAUUAUGUGAGUGUGCUUAGUGUGAUUAAAUCGAAUGUUACUCGUCCUAUGCAUAACAUGAAAAUUGAUUCCUUUCGAAAUAUGGGGAAUUAUAAAAUAGUGAAGGACUAUGUGUAUGAAAAUAAAAAAAAAAAAAAAAUGUUCUAUUCAUGCGAAGUAUAUGGUAGUCCUCCAGUUUCUUUUAAAGAUGAUGAUUCUAAUGAUAAUUCUUUGGAUAAGAAGGGAAAAAUAAAUAAAGAUGAUGAAAAUCUCGUAUUAAGUAGUUUGAUUAAUGAAAAGAGAGAAAGUGAAGAAGAGAAAAAGAAAAAUGUUUCUUUCGUAUGUAAUGAAGAAGCUCCAGAUCUAGUGAGACCUACCAGGUGUCGAAAACCUACAGGAUUUGUAAAAAUGGAUGUUAGUAAACUGCUGAAAGAGAUAGAUGAUGAAGAUGUGGAAGAUGAGGAUGGAAAUUUUAACGUUACACAGAAAAAAAAAGGAGAAGAGGAUUAUGAAGAUAAGAGAGAACGUAAAAGAGAACAUUAUAAAGUAACGUUCAGUGAGAAUAAGUGUGACAAUAUGGAGAAAAAAGGUAUAAGCUGUAUUUUAGAAGAUGAAAAUGAUUGUGUUAAAAAUCAAGAUACUUUGAAAUUAUCUAGACCUAUUAGAACACGUAAACCUACGGGUUAUGUUAAAAUGGAUGUUAGCAAAAUACUUGAAAAGAUAGGAAAUGAAGAGAAAGUUAAAGAAGAGGAAUGGGAUAAAACAAAGCAAGUAAAAGUGUCAUUUAAUGAAAAAACAUGUACUCUUAUGAAAGAAAAAAGUGUAUCUUUUAGUUCUGAAGAUGAAAUUAUUCCUACUGAGAGACAACUAUCACUGAAUAUACCGAGGCCAACCAGGUCGCGUAAACCUACAGGGUUUGUAAAAAUGGAUGUCAGCAAAUUACUUGAGGAGAUUGGAAGUGAAGACAAGUUCUAUCAAGAGGGAGAGGAUAAGAAAUACGAAAAAGUCUCAUUUAGUGAAAAAACAUUCAGUGAGAAACCAUUCAGUGAGAAACCAUUCAGUGAGAAACCAUUCAGUGAGAAACCAUUCAGUGAUAUGAAGAAAAAAAAAAGUGUAUCUUUUAGUUCAGAAGAUGAAAUUAUUCCUACUGAGAGACAACUAUCAUUGAAUAUACCGAGGUCAACCAGGUCUCGUAAACCCACGGGCUUUGUAAAAAUGGAUGUCAGCAAAUUACUUCAGGAGAUGGAAGAUGAAGAAUUGAAGGAUAAGGAGAAUGACAAGGAAAAUGAUGUAGAAUUUACAUCUACGAAAAAGGGGGAUGAAAAGGAAGAAGAUAAAGAGGAAGACAAAGAAGACGAAGGGGUCGAAAAGGAUGAAGAGGACGAAAAGGAUGAAGAGGACAAAGAGGAUGAGGAGGAUGAAGAGGAUGAGGAGGAUGAAGAGGACGAAGAGGAUGAGGAGGAUGAAGAGGAUGAGGAGGAUGAAGAGAGUGAAAAGGACAAAGAAGACGAAGAGGAUGAUGAAGAUGAUGAAGAUGAUGAAGAGGGAAAUAAUAACUUUAUGGAAAAAAAAAAUGUGGGAAAAAGAAACCAUGAAAAAGCAGUAUAUAAAGAAGAAAUGAAAAAUGAGAAGAAUGAUGAUAAUACAAGCAUGGAGGAGAAGUAUGGAAAAUAUUCAAAUAAACAUAAUGGAAAUUAUUUCCAUAAAAACGAUGAAAAUAAAAAAGCAGUUUCUAUUAAUAAUGAAUCAUUUAGAGAUCCCAAUAAAGAAAUGAAUUGCGUUCAUUUAUUGAGAGGAGCAAGAUCAAAAAAGAAAAGGAUGAAAAAAAAGUAUAAAGAGCAAGUGGAUGAUGAGGAGGAAAGACAAUUACAUAUGAAAAUUAUUGGAUCUAGAAAGAUGAAACAUGAAAUUGAGAAAACAAAAAAAGAAAAACAAAACACUAAAAUACUGGAGAUUCAAAGUAAAUAUAAGAGCACAAAGGAAAUUAUACCUAAUUUUGAAGAAAUUAAUGAAGAUGAAAUGAAAAUAAAAUUAAGUGAAUUACAAAAGUUGAUAAGCUGUCCAAAAGAAGGGGAUAAUUUAUUAUUUGCAAUUCCUAUGUGUGCUCCUUAUUCCGCUCUUCAAAAUCACAAAUAUAAGGUAAAAUUAGUUCCGGGAAAUACGAAAAAAGGAAAAGUGGCAGAAUCGUGUAUUUCACAUUUCUUAAAAAAUUCAAAUGAUGAAAAGGAGAAAAAUUUAAUUAAGAAUAUAUCGACAGAUGAAUUAGGAAACUGCAUAAUAACAAACUCAGCUCCAGACAUACGAGAAUUUAAACUUGCUUCAAAGUCUAGUUUUAUACAAAAAGGAAAAAAAGGUAAAAAGAAGUAA